AUGAGGUGGACGAGAGCACAGAGCUUGAGAAGGAGUCCAAGAAUGAUGGAAGCGGGAUUUCAGUCAAAGUUUACUAAUACGGCUAACAAUGCUAUCGAUCUUGAAGAAGAAGAAGUCUUGUACAUUGAAUCAGGGUCAUCAAGCGUCUGUGUAGUUGAAGGAAAGAAAUCUAUGAGGAGUGCAGGGAAGAAAGGGGUACCUGGUGGGGGACAAAAACUAGAAUUACCCAAAAAGACAAGCAAUGGAAAAGCAUAUAAGAAUGACUCAAGUGAUGAUGAUUUUGUUGAGAAGAAAAAUAAGGUGGAUUCUGGAAAGAAUGAAAAGAAAAUGAAAAGGAAAAGGGUUGACAAGAGUGUUAAUGAUAAAAAGGUUAAGAUGGCGUAUGCAGACAUAGUGAUAUGUGAAGAUGUAAAUUUGCAUAGGCAUAGGCCCUUCAUCACAGAAUUUGAUUCAGAGCACCUAAGAGUGUUAGAAGAAUAUGAAGUAAGCAGGGGUGUAUUUGGAAAUCUAAGUUUAAGGGAAAAUGUGGAUGGUAUGUUUUAUGAUGCGAUGAUGAAUCAAGAUCAUUCAAAAGAUAGAUCAGUUGAGGAGAGUUGUGGGAUUAUUGAGAUGAUUAAGAAGGUUGUUGACAUCUUUAAUGGGACAACACUAAAAGCCUUAAUUGUUGAUGGGUAUGAUGAUAGAAUGGAAGUUGAUGGUACGAGUGUGAAUGCAAAAGAAGGAGGAAAAACAGUUGAGGAUAUGAACCAAAUGAUUAUUAAUUUGACAAAUAAGAUGGGGGAGGAUUUACUUAGUGGACGAAAAGUUUAUUCUGUAUCGAAUGUGGAUGCUUCAGAUCAGGGAAUGGAAGGAAUGUCCCCGACAAUUGUGAAGCCAACUGGUAUGUGCAAUGAUAAGGUUCUGUUUGAGCAUCAUGGUGGUUCACAUCAACAGAAUAUAGGAAUGGAAGUAGUAAUGUACAAUGGGAAUUCUACUUUUGAUUCUCCUUGUAUAUUAACACCUGGUUGGAUAAAGCAAGCUGAUGAAAUAGAAAGGAACAGCUCUAAAAAGAGUAGUAUGUUUAAUAAUGAUUGUCCAUCGUUUGAAGCUAGACUUAAUGAAUGUGCAGAUGAGAUGAAUACUUCGAAAGGGAAUGAAGGUAAAGAUGAUGCAAUUGUUGAACAGGAAUGUCCUAAAAGAACAAAGAGAAAUGUUGAAGCUGUAGUAGGGAUUAAAAUGAGAGAAAAAAGAGAAAUGAAGCAUGGACCUACAUUGAAGUCACCUUUUGUACAAAUAGUUGUGGACUUGAAAGAUUCAGUUGAGCAAAAAGAAAUACUGGUUGCACAAGCUAUUGCUGGAUUAGGAAUGGAUAAAAGGGAGCUCGUAUGGGAAUCAAAAGAAGGGUUUGGAAUGCAUCUAGAAUAUGCCAGAACUAUUGCAGCAAAAGUGAAUAUUCAUUCAAAUGUAAUAGACUGUUGGAGUGUUCUACUAAACAAAUUGGAAGAGAUUGAGUCGGUCUAUGGGAACAUACCCCGUGUGCUGCAAAAAAUUUUCUGCCGUUUUCUAAAUGAUGUCUGUAAGAAGAAGGUGAAGACCCUGAUGACAAGGAAUGUGGUGGUGUUGAAAAUGAAGUGUAAAGCAUACAACCGUUCAGAUGAUGGUGGAAUCUACCUUAUGCGACAUAUGGAGAGUUUUAUGGGGGAUCAAACAUCAAAGUGGGAUGGUGGGCUAGCUGUGGAUUUAAAAAUACAAGAUAUGUAUUUACAGAAGUUAAGGUACAAGUAUUUGGUGAGGUUGCUUUUGUCUGAUCAUAAUAUUUUGAAGUGUGAUUUUGAAAAGGAGUAUGCAAAGUUUGUUAAGAUGGAUAAGGCGACAAGGAAGAGAAUAGUUCAAGAGAAUCUAAAAGUAGUCUUUGAUGAAACAAUUGGUUAA